AUGCCACUCGAGCAGCAGCAACAACUGGGGCAGGAGGGUGAAAACACGCCCGCCCUCCAGAUGCCGCUGCCGCCGCCCAAGCUGAGCAUCCACCCGCCGCUCCUCAACACGGCCUGCCCCUGGGCCACCACCGAGACGGACCUCGCCGCGCUGCUGUCCUGCGCCGCCACGGGGGCCGUCACCACGCGGACGAGUCUGCUGGGCGGGUUUGCGCACGAUGAUGCGGCGCAUCGGUUUGUGCUGUUUGAUCCGGCGACGACGAUAACAACGACGACGACGACAGCGGCGGCGGCGCGACGGGGAGACUCUGUCGCUGCUGCUGCUGCGGCGGUGGAUGAUGAUGGUUGUGGUGAUGAUGCGAGGCAGGCGGAGGAGCGGCCGGCGGCCGUCGGCAGCGUCAACUCGCUCGGCUACAGCCCCAUCACGCUCGACGGCUACCUCGCCAUCUUGGCGCGCCUGUCCGGCUCCCUACCCGCGCAUACGCACCGCAAGACCGUCAUCGUGAGCGUCACGGGAGAUCCCCCCUCCGUGGCGCGCUGCCACGAGCGCAUCCUACUCUCUGCCGCCUCCUCCGCCAUCCGCUUCCCCCUCGCCAUGGAGGUCAACCUCUCCUGCCCCAACAUCCCCUCCGCCCCGCCGCCCGCCUACUCCCCGCCCCAACUCGCCUCGUUCCUCGCCGCCCUCCCUGCACCUCCGCGCGUGCCCGUGGGGAUCAAGCUCCCGCCGUUCACGUACGACACGCAGUUCGCGGACCUGGUGCACGCGCUGCGCCCGUUCGGCCGGACGCUGAGCUUCGUGACGGCGACUAACACGCUGGGCUCGUGUCUCGUCUUCGAGGACGGCGGGGGCAGGGACGCGAGCGAGAGUGAUAAAGAUGGGAAUGGGGCAAUGCUCCGUGGAGGCAUGGCCGGCGCGCCCCUGCAUCCGCUGGCGCUGGGCAACGUGUCGACUCUGCGGCGGUUGUUUGACGAGAGCGAUGAGCUGCGCCAUCUGGACAUUAUCGGCGUCGGGGGUGUGAUCGACGGAGACGGCUACCGGAGGAUGAAGAGGGCCGGGGCUGCCGUUGUGGGCUUGGCAACAGGGCUGGGGAGCAGAGGCGUCGCCGUCUUUGACGCCAUUGAAAGGGACAUAAAUUCACAGUGGUAG